UUGAUUUUUGUGAAUGAAAUGCUCCCAGGAUCUCUUCGGUCGCCCGUUUCUGGCUUUCCUUGCCUCCAUCUCUCUCUCGGCCUCUCUUUCUGGCCAUUUCUGAUUCUCUCCCUGCCCAUCUCCCCGUUGCUGGGUGACUCAGUGAGCUUUGCAUCCGGUCUCAUUCAUAAAUCCGGGAAGGGGUGGGGGGAAGAAGAGAGCCAGGGUUUCUCACCCAGCCAGUGGCCUGGGUGACAGGGUGCGGAGGCAGUGUUGGCGGAAUGGGAGUACAUGGUGCGGGUCCGAGCUGUGGUGAUGGCCCGAGAUGACUCCAGUGGGGGCUGGCUGCCUGUGGGGGGCGGGGGCCUCAGCCAGGUGAGCGUGUGUCGGGUCCGAGGGGCCAGGCCCGAGGGGGGGGCCCGCCAGGGGCACUACGUCAUCCACGGGGAGCGCCUCCGGGACCAGAAAACCACCUUGGAAUGCACCCUGAGACCAGGCUUGGUUUACAACAAAGUGAACCCCAUCUUCCACCACUGGAGCUUGGGUGACUGCAAGUUUGGGCUGACGUUUCAGAGCCCUGCUGAGGCUGAUGAGUUCCAGAAGAGCCUGCUGGCUGCGCUGGCUGCCCUGGGCCGAGGCUCGCUCACCCCCUCCUCUUCCUCCUCCUCCUCCCCUUCCCAGGACACCGCAGAGACCCCCUGCCCUCUGACGUCCCACGUGGACAGCGACUCAUCCUCCAGUCACAGCCACCAGGAGACGCCUCCCACCGCGCCAGCAGCCCCCAUCGUCACUGUGGAGUCCGCCUCUGCCUUUGGGCCGACCACGCCCCCCCAGGGCCGCUCCUCGGCUCAGAGCUACCCUCCGCUUCUACCAUUCACGGGGAUUCCGGAGCCUUCAGAUCCUGUGGCAGGGGCAGGAGGCCCGGGCUGGGGUGGCCGCGGCUAUGAGGAUUACCGGCGCUCCGGACCACCUGCGCCCCUUGCCCUAUCCACCUGUGUUGUGCGCUUCGCCAAGACUGGCACGUUGAGGGGCGCAGCCCUGGGUCCCCCAGUGUCAUUACCUGCCCCUCUUACCGAGGCUGUGCCCCCAGCUCCCCCGGCUCGCCCACCCCCUGGCCCAGGCCCCACCCCUGCGCCAGCCAAGGGCUCCCCCGAGGCUGAGGAGGCUGCGCGCUGUGUGCACUGCCGAGCGCUCUUCCGCCGCCGAGCGGACGGGCGUGGUGGCCGCUGCGCUGAGGCCCCGGAUCCAGGUCGCCUAUUGGUGCGACGUCUCAGCUGCCUGUGGUGCGCCGAGAGCUUGCUCUACCACUGCCUGUCAGACGCCGAGGGCGACUUCUCGGACCCCUGCGCUUGCGAGCCGGGCCACCCGCGACCCGCCGCGCGCUGGGCAGCGCUGGCUGCACUCUCGCUGGCCGUGCCCUGCCUGUGCUGCUACGCGCCUCUGCGCGCGUGCCACUGGGUCGCAGCACGUUGUGGCUGCGCAGGCUGUGGGGGUCGCCACGAGGAGGCUGCGCGGUGAGGACCGCCUGGAGGGUCUGGCAGCAGGACCAAGGACCCAGCAUUGAGGGUCCAGGAUCCCGGACUGAUUCGGUUUGAACCUAAAACUCAAACCUAGGCACAUCUGGAACUUGGAGCUUGAGUUUGGACCGAGAGAUCCCAGACCUGGAACCUGGGCCCCAAAUCUAGGACUGAGUGACCCCAGACUGAGCAUCAUUAGGAUGUCUAUCAAAGGUCCUGAGUUCUGGAUUCUCCAUCCAUCUUCCCACUGAAGAGAUUCCUGACAUCUUUAGACUGCAUCUCAGAGGGCCCCAGGAAUACACAGAUCCCAGAGAGGAACUGGGACCUCAAACUCUUGACUCUCUGUCCAAAUGACCAACCCAGAUCCCUGCCACACCUGACACCAUGAACUCUCAGAUUGCAGCCCCAGAAUUAGUCAGGAAUUGCCAAUACCUGAUCUUGCCUGUAUCCAAUUACUCCCGGAUCUUGCAAUCAGAGGACCUGGAACCACCCCCAAAUGGUCCCUGAAUGUUCACCUGAGACCUGGUGCACCCACAUCUGACACAUUCUGUAGCCCCAGGAUCCCUGAGACACCAAUCCGUCCUGGGCUUGAGACUGAUAUGGUCUGGAAUCACCAGACACUGGCCCAGAUCCACCCACUCCUGAGUGUCCACAGACCUGACCUGCAAUCCAGGACACCAAGAUGUAAGAUAUCCAAGUGACUUCAGUUGCUGUAGGACAGCAGUCUUAAGGUGUACUGAGUCCUUGGAUGUGCUCAAACAUGAGAUGUUCUCUGACCAAAAUGAUUGGAGAAGCCCAUUCCAAGGCUCCAAAUACCAGACCCCAAGAUCCUCUGAGAGCCAGUUAUUGAAGGCCUACAUAUACUCUAGUCACUACAAACCAGUGUUCUUGGGAGCGUUGGUUGUCAUAUAUGGAUUUGGAGGUGCCUGUUACCCAAGCUAUAUGAAUGACAGCCACUGGCACCUCAGGCCCAAGACAUUGAUCUCAAGUCCUCAAAUAGCCCCUUUCAGUCCCCUUGGAACUGGAUUUUGAGAGCCAAAAUGUCCUAGAAUCAAUCUCUGGCUUCCUUCCAGCCCCAUAUUCCCAGUCCCCUAAAAUGGGAUGGUCAUGGCAACCCAGACCUCUGAUCCCUUGGCCCUCAGCUCCUGAGUAACCCCAAGGUGCUUUAAGAGCACUGGAUCCAAGACUCCAAGGUGCCACCCACCCCCAGCUACAGGACUCAAUCCCCCACAACAUUGGGAUUGUUCCUGAUCUAAGAUCUUGGUCCUCCAUACCAGACAUUCAGAUCUGAGAUGCCCCAGGACCCUAGUACUCUCAGACUCCAGAUUUCUAUUGCCUCAACCUUCUCUAGUUUGAUGAAACCCCAAGAUGCCUCUACACGUGAUUUCCCAGCCCCCACUCAUGAAUCUUCUGAGAACUGUUGUCCCUUGAAUCCUGCCAUCCACGGGCUCCUGAAGCCCCAAAUUUCCAAACUCUGGAAUUCUGGUCCCCAGAACCACAGCUCAAGCCUCCAGAAAUCCUCAGAAUUAUCCCUUAGCCUAGGGGGAAAGCCCUACCAUUUUGAGCCCAGAUUCCUGUAUUCCAGAACCUCCUGGCACUCCCCACUUCCACCUGGAGGGCGCAGCAUUGCCGCAGAUGAUUGUGUAGGCCAUUGGCUAAGCAAAAGCGCACAGCUGUGAUGGUGUAUGGAACAUAGCAAAGGCUGCUGGCCUAGCUGGGCCUCCAGAGGAAGGCCGGUCUUUUUUUAUUUGCACAUAGACACUUGGACUAACUAUGGCUCUGUGGGGACCCCUGUCAUCCUGGCCUUGUAGAUCCUCCUCCAAGUCCAAUCCUGAGCCCUAACCGUGGUCCAAGUCUAUCCUUCCAUUAACCUCUUCCAUCUCAGAGUCAGGGGUUGCUUUUGAAAGCUUGUUUUAUGGCCCUAUGAGGCUCCACUUGGGGAGAGUGGGAUGUCCAGGGUACUUAAGAUCUGGUGUCCAGCAUGGAGGGACCAAGUUCUCACAGGAAGACAGUCUCACUUAUUUUAUGGGCUUGGGACCUGCAUCUGGCCUCAAGCAUCUGGAAAUGUGCAUUUUACCUUUCUUCAUUACCCAGAUUUGGAUGGCCUUGUGGAGUUCAAGCGAUAGAUCCUUCUAUCGAUUCUUUUAAAAUUAUUAACUAUUUAUUCAUCCGGAACCUGUGAGACUCAGCUCUCCCAACCAGACCCUGGGAUGGGUGAGAGAAGGGGGGAUGUCCCUCCCAUUCCCACUCUGCCCAGCUCUCAUCACUGUCAGACCCACCAGAGCUGAGGGCGGAGGGACUGGGGGCUGGGGCAGCCUGAGUCCCCACCCCCUCUCUGUGCCUCGGUCUCCCCCCUUCCGUGGUGGGCGGGGGGGAAGCUCCAUUCUUAACCUACCUCGUUUUAGGGAGGGGUGGGACAGGGGAUCAGAGUGCUGUACGGUGCUGUGGGAUCUUUGGAUAAAGUGGUGGGGACUGGGGAAGGUUCCCCAGCCCCCACCCCCAGCACCGCCUCUCCCAGGUCUCUCAGUCCUGCUUCUUGCUGAUACCCACCUCUGAUCCAUGAUUACCCUUCAUGGCCCCCAAAUCAGGGGUGCAUGGAGGGCUGCCCUGGGACCCAGGAAGACCUCAGACCCUGGAACCCCCAGGCCCAAUUUCCUAGCUGCUUGCCCCUCGGAUUGGAUGCUUGGCCCCCAGACUUGGGGGAGGCGCCUCAACAUUUAUCUUCCUGAUCUUGAUUCCAAGCCAGUCUGUGACCUCAAUAUUAGUGUCAGUGCAGGCUGGGAGGAUGGGGGCCAAAAACCCAGCCUUGUCAUUGGGGGAGGGGGGCAUGAGAUCCGCUCCAAGAAAUGUCUGUGACAAAG